AUUGACUAUGAGGAACUCGAGAUUUUAAUUACAGUAUUCCACCGGGAACACAACCGCAUAGCAGACGAGCUCAACUCGAUUAAUCCCCAUUGGGAUGAUGAGACGCUCUACCAGGAAACACGACGUUUGAUAGGCGCUCAGAUCGCUCAUAUCAACUUCAACGAGUAUUUGCCGAAGAUACUUGGCAACAAGUUGGUUGAUGAGUACGAUCUACGUCCAAAGCCAAAUGGCUACUUCACUGGUUAUGAUCCAACAUGCGAAGCAACGCUAUCCCACUCAUUCUCCACCGCAGCUUUCCGAUUCGGACAUUCAUUAGCAAAGAGGUUCUUCCCACGGUUCGAUAGUCGCUACCGCAAUACCACAAUUCCGGUCGAUUUGGCUAUGAAUUUCGAAUACGCAGAUGCAAUAUAUGACGAAGAGCGA